CGACUGACACUGACGCACCGAGUUCAGAGUUAAAGGCGGGUUACUAUGGCGGUGUUAACCUCUUUCGGCAGGUCAUGUUUUUCGUGCCAGGGCGUUGGAGUUUGGCUCAUUCCUUGCUCGGCGAUCCGUUGCUUUGGAGCCGGAGUGCGAUCUGCCGUAUUUAGUAGACAUGCCGUGAAGGCUAGAGUGCCGUCUCCCGGAGCGAAAAGCUUUACUGAGAGCGCCUCGGGGUUGGCGGCUGGGCCCAGGGCAGAGCUGCGGGUGUGUCACUUGGAGGCGGAGUCGGCAGGAAUUGUUGUAUUUGGAAUAAACAGACCACAGUCCAAAAAUGCAAUCAGCAAAAAUCUUGUGGAAAUGAUGUCGAAAGCUAUAAAAGAAAUUAAAUGUGAUAAAAAUGUUCGAACGGUUAUACUGCGCAGUGAGGUACCAGGAAUAUUUUGUGCAGGUGCUGAUUUGAAAGAGCGAGCUAAAAUGCAGCCAAGUGAAGUUGGUCCAUUUGUUUCCAAAGCAAGAAGUUUAAUUAAUGAGCUAGGUAACCUCCCAAUGCCCACAAUUGCUGUACUUGAUGGAGCUGCCUUAGGAGGGGGCCUAGAAAUGGCUCUAGCUUGUGACAUCCGUGUGGCUGCUACCUCUGCAAAAAUGGGACUUGUUGAAACAAAGUUGGCAAUCAUUCCAGGUGCAGGUGGCACACAGCGUCUUCCUCGUAUUAUAGGAGUAUCCUUGGCAAAGGAGCUUAUUUUUUCUGGACGAGUGCUUGAUGGUACUGAAGCCAAAGUAAUUGGUCUGGUUAAUCAUGUUGUAGAACAGAAUGAAGCAGGAGAUGCAGCCUAUCGCAGGGCAUUAUCUCUUGCAAGAGAAUUCAUACCUCAGGGUCCUAUUGCAGUGAGAUUAGCAAAACUAGCCAUCAACCAAGGGAUAGAGGUUGAUUUGAAAACUGGUUUAGCAAUAGAAGAGGCCUGUUACGCUCAGGUCAUUCCAACAAAAGACAGGAUCGAAGGACUUAAUGCUUUUAAAGAAAAGCGACUGCCCCGAUACACGGGGGAAUGAUAAUAAGACAUAGAAAAAAAGGCUUCUAUGGGAUGGAACACAAAAUAUACAAGCUGAUUUAUGUUAUUUUCUCUGUGUUCAGAAAUAACUUCAGUAAAUACUGAUUAGAGCCAUAAUAUGUAUGAUUUUGAGCAUCAUAAUUUUAAGAAAAAUACAAAUUAGUUUUUCUACCUUAAACAUUUACUACAAUGUGAUUCUUUUAUAUUUAAAUCUUUUAUUUUAAAACUUGCCAAUGAUAAGAAGGUCAAUCUUGUAGCCUACAUCAACAUUCUCCACAAUUAUCCAAUAAAUGGCAUUCAGUAUUUUUGCAAAAGUACAUAUUUUACAUUUUAUUUUGUAUUCAUCCCUUAUUUUCAACAGAAUACAUUUGAAAUAAGUUUAUGUUAAAAUGCCAUGGGACAUAUUUAUUAUUUGAAGGGUGAUGAAUAAAGGAUUAAUUUCAGAAACUUGAACCCUAAUGUCACCAUAAUGCCAUUGUUUCAGCUUUGUGGAAAUGUGUUGAGUAAUGUUUGACUCCAUUGAUUUAAGCAUUUCAAUCCACUCUGCUUAAACUGGAAUGGACUUGAAAUUCUGAAUAUGUAAUGCAAAAUUCUUCUCAAAUUAAAGAAAAAUGAGGGCAGAACUUUAUCACUUAUUAGCAUUGCCCUUGAAAAAGAACGUUAAUGGUAAUUUGGUGUAGCAUUAAAUAAAGACAGGAACUUAUUUGACAACGUAUUAUCAUUCGCAUAUCAAUAUUUUAUGUUUCUCUAUUACUACUGCUGUUGACAGGUUAGUAAAAAAGCCACCGAGAGUUAAUAGAAGGGUACAAAACUGGACAUUUUGUUAAUGCAAGAUUGUAAACCUGCCACCCAAAAGGGCAUUUGGAAGUCUGCUAUCUUUGUAACUCAGAAAGCUAUGCUGCACUAAAAAGUGAACUAAAGGCUUUUUAUAAUGCUUAA